AAUAAAGCCAAGUGCUAUAUUAGAAUCAUAUUUGCUGAGCCGCUCGUCUGUGUUCCAGGAGCAGAAAUAGAAAUGUCUUCAGCAAAAUCAGCCAUACCUACCCCACUGGCUGAUUUGAAGAUUCAGUAUACUAAGAUCUUCAUAAACAAUGAAUGGCAUAAUUCAGUGAGUGGCAAGAAAUUUCCGGUCAUUAAUCCUGCAACGGAAGAGAUAAUUUGUGAGGUAGAAGAAGGAGAUAAAGCAGAUGUUGAGAAAGCAGUGAAGGCCGCAAGACAGGCCUUUCAGAUCGGCUCUCCAUGGCGUACUCUGGAUGCUUCAGAGAGGGGUCGCCUCCUGUACAAGCUGGCUGACUUAAUUGAAAGAGAUCGACUGCUGCUGGCAACAAUGGAAGCAAUAAAUGCUGGAAAAUUAUUUUCUAAUACGUAUAUGAUGGAUAUAGAAAUGUCUAUAAGAGGAUUACGCUACUUUGCAGGCUGGGCUGACAAGAUCCAGGGCCGCACCAUACCUGUAGAUGGAGACUUCUUCACUUAUACAAGACGUGAACCUAUUGGUGUAUGUGGCCAAAUCAUUCCUGUAAGUUGCUCUCCUGUACGAUUAAGAAAGAAAACCUAACUCUAAUUUGGCAGC